CCCGUCCCGGCAGGCCCGGCGCCGGCGCUCCCUCAGGCCACGCUUGUGCCUCGACCCCAGCUCUCUGGGAAAUGCAGUUCGGAGAGGCUGUGAGGGGGCAGCGUGGCCGGGCUCCCCAUUCCCCCAUCCCGUUUCGGCUGAGGAGGGGGAAGAUGAGCGUGUCCCGGUGGCUUCCCGGGGCCUCUGGAGCGGCAGCCCCUCCGGCGGGGGCUGAGGAGAGCGGGCCCGGCGGGGGGUGUCACCUCAGGGAUUCCCCCUCCCUCAAGGACUCGGCGUCUGGAGGCAGUGACUCCCUGACAUGGAGAAGCUCAGAGCUGCCACAUCCACUGUUGGGUUCUAUAACAUCUCUAGGCCAGAUCUCCUGCCUUAUACAUGUGGCUGUAGGGAGUAAAACUCUAUGAAUUGACUGGAUUAACAAAUUAAAGCUGCUUGCCAUGUGGUCAGGAUCAUCCAGAAAGAUACUAUGAUCUGGAAAGGAAAACAUAGGCCCACAUCAUGAACUUAUAACUCGUUUCAUCAGGCAGAUUUGGACCAGGGAAACAAGUACGAAGGAAGGUGUCUGAAGCUGCAGAAUGAGCCAGUGGCAAACCUAGAAACUGAAUUGGUUGUAUCUUGUUACUGUGAUGCCUCCUGCCUCUGGUUUUUUGCGUCUUAGGCUCCUUGGACUGGGACAAAAAGAACAAAAAUUCUAUAAUUACUGACCCUGAUGGCACACUGCCCCAAAAAUGAAUACUUUGAUAAUUUGCUGCUCUCUUGUAAGCCUUGUCAUCUUCGAUGCUCUAGUUCACCGCCACCUUCAUGUGAAAACUACUGUGAUAAGAGUACUGAUUCCAGUGGAGUUCUUUGGAUUUGCUUGGGCUUAGUAAUUUUAAUGCUCACUCUGUUCACCUUAAUGGUCCUAUUUAAACGGAAGCACCUGAAGCAACUAAAAGAAAAACUGCAAAACACAGAAUCUUCUGUGGAGCUGAAUAAUACCCUGGAGGCUAAUACAGAAAGCAGUGUGAAUACAGAAGGAAUUAGACACUCCCUUCAAAGUGAAACAAUAAUGUAUUCAGUGGAAGAAUGCACUUGCAGUGACUGUGGCUUGGUAAAACCUCAGACUGGCUCUGAAACUUCAUUUCCACUACCAGCUACAGAAGAAGGACCUACUGUUCUAGUUACCACAAAAUCUUUUGAUUAUUGCAACUAUAUUCUGGGUGCCGGGUGACUAUGAGAGAAGUAUAUUUUUACUGUAUAAAAAUAAAUUCCAGUAUAGUUAUUGAUUUUAAUAUUUGCAGUCAGUGGAAAAAGCUAGUACAUCUUCCUUACAGAUCUUCCAUUGAGCUUUUGUUAAUAUUGUCAUAUUAUUUCUAAUUCUAGUAUCUUUUUGGUCAAGUAUUUCUACAUUUUUCUCAGGUACUAGUUAUUGGAAUUUUUAAUUUCUGAAAGUCGCUACAUAGGAUGGCUUUUUCUGCCUUUAGAGAUUGUAUAUACUUACACUGGAUAUAUACUAACCCAUCAAUAAGCAAGGUUGCAAAUAUAUAUUUUAUGUUAAACCCAGAUCUUGUGCCAAAAAUUGCUUGAUGGUACACAAGGAACGUUCCAAGAGGCAGAAAGGAAAACCUACAUUAUGACCCCAGUCUUCUGAAGAAUAAUUUCAAAUAGCCCCUGAGAAGCUUGAAAUAGCAAUGUUCUAGUGAUGAAUACCUGUGUAUAGAGUCCUCCCCAGCUCAGAUAUUAUCUCUGGGUCACACUAAGGGAGGUUGUGGUGUCAUGGAGCACUGUAUCUGCAAUCUCAAUGUAUUUCCUAAUGGUGCAGAUUUUUCCUUAAGUGCCAAGCAUUU